AUGGCAAAGACUUCUGCUGCACACCAUCCUUCAAGGCAAUCAGCAAUGCGCAUUUCGAAUGCGGGCGACCAGACGAGGCAGAGGCGAAGUCAACAUCGACUGCCCCCCAAGAGGAGUGUUAGCUCUCUUUCUGCAAAACAGCUCGAGAGGAAACGUGCCAACGAUCGAGAAGCACAAAGACUGAUCCGCCAGCGAACAAAGGAUCGUAUCGAUGGCCUCGAACAGGAGAUAUCCGAGUUAAGAAGUGAAAAUGAACGACUCCGCAGAUGCCUAAAGCCGAGAUCACCUCGCGAGGCAGACGUUUUGCAUAGUCGACACAACUUCGAGCCAGGGAACACUUCCUGGAAUCGUUCCAAGGUCAUGAACGUGUCUCGCGGUCGCUUAGCGCCUUUUCAUGAAACUGUCCAAUCCGCUCAGGAGACCUCACAGGAAACCUGCUCGCCUGUAGCACCCGAUUCAUUCACUACAUCUUGUGCCACAGCACCGCUUGAUAUGAAUUCCUCCUUGUAUUAUUGGGGAGCAUCAGCAGCAUGUGCUUCAUCUGACGGGAGUGUUGACGGAGUUCACACUCAAUUCGAAAGAGCACUUCCACCGCCAGUUUACCCUUCUUUCGUACCAUCAUAUCAAGUACAGCAAUCCUCACCAGUUACGCUGCACUGCGUUCUACCUAGUGGACAAAUCCACGUCGUUCCUCCAGAGAGGCAGGUAGACGAUGUCAUCAACCGAAAGGUCUGCAACCAGGCAAGCUGGUCGCUAUGA